AAAAAAAAACCUGGGCAUGUGAGUACCUACGCCUGCAGCUACCCGAUCAAUAGUGAAUAUAAAAAUUAGAUUCGCAUAACUGUGCGCUAUAUUAUAAACUGUGCGCUCCCUGGGAUCUCCAGCCAUUCUAUUGGAAGUACGAACUAUUACCACGACGAAGAACGAGAAGCACCAUCUGAAUACUGCUUUUACUUAGUAGGUCUUUUUUAUUUGCCAACCAACCGACUAUAUUGUAUUAUUUUUUUCUUAUUUUCACUGAACGUGUCUUUCAAUGAUAGGAAAGGGGAAAAGCAGAAGAACAAAACCAAGCUUUUAGAGAUGCCAGACAAUGUUUCUGUCCUUAGGAACUCCACGGAACUCGGAGAGAGUCGAAUGCUGGCAGGGAGUUCUCGACCUGCCUGGGCAGUGACAGCGCUGGCCAGCGUGCUGAUUUUCACCACCGUUGUGGAUAUCUUGGGCAAUCUUUUGGUGAUUAUUUCAGUACUCAGAAAUAGGAAACUUAGAAAUGCAGGCAAUGUGUUUGUUGUGAGCCUGGCUUUCGCUGAUCUAGUUGUGGCAUUCUACCCAUACCCGCUUGUGCUGUUCGCCAUUUUCCACGAUGGAUGGGCCUUGGGGGAUAUCCAAUGUAAAGUGAGUGGCUUCUUAAUGGGCUUGAGUGUGAUUGGCUCCAUCUUCAACAUCGCUGGAAUAGCAGUAAACAGAUACUGCUACAUCUGCCACAGCUUUGCCUACGAUAAACUCUACAGCUACAGAAACACCCUGCUGUUUGUGUUCCUGAUUUGGGUGUUGACGAUAGUUGCCAUUGUGCCAAAUUUUUUUGUCGGUUCCCUUCAGUAUGACCCUCGUGUCUACUCUUGCACUUUUGCUCAGACAGUGAGUUCCUCAUACACUAUUACUGUAGUGGUAAUCCAUUUCUUGGUACCCAUUACGGUUGUAACUUUCUGUUAUCUAAGGAUAUGGAUCUUAGUGAUUCAAGUUAGAAGAAAGGCUAAGAGUGAAGUCAAGCCCAGACUGAAACCCAGUGACUUGAGAAACUUUUUAACUAUGUUUGUGGUGUUUGUGCUCUUUGCCAUUUGCUGGGCUCCUCUGAACUUUAUUGGACUUGCAGUGGCUAUCAAUCCAAAGGAGAUAGCACCAAAAAUCCCAGUGUGGCUGUUUGUUGUAAGUUAUUUCAUGGCUUAUUUUAACAGUUGCCUUAAUGCAAUAAUCUAUGGACUGCUCAAUCAGAAUUUCAGGAAGGAGUAUAAACGGAUUAUUAUGUCACUGUGGAUGCCACGACUCUUCCAGGAGACAUCUAAAGGAGGGACAGAUGGGAUGAAAAGCAAGCCCUCCCCAGCUUUAAACAACAAUAACUGAGUGAAAUGCAACAGUGUGUAAUAAUAAUAUGUCCAGCGUGGUAGUCAUAUACUGCCGGUAUAGAUGCAAAAAGGAGCAUAUUGUAAAAAAAAAAAAAGUAACAUGAAAAUACAUGUGUUUCAUUUUAAGAAAUAUUGGAGUGCCAUUCACAAUGUAAUAUAUUAUGCUUAUAUAUCAUAUCCUUACAUACACCUCAGGUUGCCUAUUUCUGCUGUUGAAGCUAUACAUUUAAGCAACUAAAC